AUGGCAUCGCUGAACACAGAGCUUGCGCUUGUGAAACGAUUUCACGCGUUGAGCAAAAACUACGAGAACCGCCCGGUGGUUGCUCGCCGCAGCACGCUUCCGGCGCUGGUCCGUUUUCUGGGAAGCAAGGAUCGAGAGACACGAAAGUACUCCCUCGCGGCUCUGCAACUCUUGGCAGAGCACCCUGAGAACGUGGAGCUGCUCACCGAGGAGCGUGCGCUUGUGAAGGAGGUCUUUAGGGUGCACAAGGACGCCGAAUACGACGAUCCGGAGCUCUUCGACCUGACGAACAAAGUUCUCGACCUGCUAGAGCCUGCUCUCGUGGGCCGGGACCCCAGACAGCAGGAGGCGCCUGAGGCAAGGGACGUGGGUUGUAGUGGCGGCAAUGGUCGCAUGGAGGACACUAAGGCGAAUGACGGCUCUUUUUUGGCGCGACGAUCGCGAGCUGCUCGUGUCUUACGCGGCGUUGGGUCCGACGCGAUCCACACCGUUCUUCUCGACAUACCCGCCCUUGACCCUCGAAACGGGGAUGACCUAGCGACCAUUGAGGACAUUUUUCAGUCAACGCGUGGGGUCCUGUCGUACUCCAUCUUCUUAGAACAAAGACAGGCGCAACUGUUUAUGACCUGCGAAACCCGGGCCUUGCGGCAGUCGCUUUUAGACUCUGGCUUUGAGUUCAUUGUGGUGCAGGAUGACGUGGUGAACCAGGGCAUCUUUGGCGGCGACGAGGGCGGCGGCCACGUGGGCAACAAUCGUGGUUACUACGGCGGGGAGGCUCCGCCGAGGCGGCCCUCGUACCUAGAGAGCCUCACCAACACCCUUUACGAGACUGCGUUGGUGCUGCGCGGCGGCGGCGGUCGAGACGACAGUCUCUCCGGCCGUGUGCGGCGCCAGCAGGACCGCGAGCAGCGAGGGACCUCCAUGCUGGGCCAAGUGGCGAGUGCCCUGUCGAAGUGGUGGUGA